CUUUUUGGACACCUAUGCUAUUCUCAUCUUAUUAUCAGUCUUAAGACCUUGAGACCAAAAGAUCAGACGAUGAUUAAUCUUUACAAGUUUCUGGUCGCCUUGCUUGCCGGCGGCGGCGGGGUAUCGGCAUUGACCGUGCCCCAGGCUCGCACCUCUGCCCCGGUAGAGUCGCAGCAGCAGCCGCAACCGCGAUCUGUCCCAGCCGGCUUCGCCACCACAAACGGCACCCACUUCAUGAUUGAUGGGGAAACGCAGUACCUGGUCGGAAGCAACGCGUACUGGCUUCCGUUCCUCACCAACAAUGCCGAUGUGGACCUGGCCCUGGACCAGAUCGCAGCGUCGGGCAUCAAGAUCUUGCGCACGUGGGGUUUCAACGACGUGACCACGAUCCCGACCGACCCCAAUACGGUCUGGUUCCAGUACCUUUCAUCCUCGGGAUCUAUCAUUAACGAGGGAGCCAACGGCCUGCAGCGCCUCGAUUAUAUCGUCGCUGGCGCCGAGAAGCGCGGCCUUAAGCUUAUCAUCCCCUUUGUCAACAAUUGGAAGGAUUAUGGCGGCAUACCAGCAUAUGAGACCGCCUUUGGCAGAGGUUCUUCGACGUGGUUUAAGCACGAACCGGCGCAGGCGCAGUACCAGGCCUACAUCAAGGCCCUCGUCUCCCGGUACGCCGCGUCGCCAGCCAUCUUUUCCUGGCAGUUGGCCAACGAGCCCCGCUGCUUCCUGUGCAGCACCGACGACAUCUUCAACUGGGCCACUAAAACGUCGGAGCUGGUCAAGUCGCUCGACCCAAACCAUCUCGUUUCGCUUGGCGACGAGGGCCAAGGCUUGACUGGGGACGUCUGGACGCCGUACUGGCUCGUCUUUGGCACCGACUUUUGGCGCAAUCUCCAGAUCAAGACUAUUAACUUUGGGACGUUUCACAUAUAUCCCACAACAUGGAGCGCCCCGGUGAGCUUCGCGUACAACUGGAUCAAAUCGCAUGGGUCCAAGUGUGUCGAUGCAGGAAAGCCCUGCUACCUGGAAGAAUGUACGUCGUCCAUAUCCCCUACUCUACUCUGCAUCUUUUCUAACGGGCCUACAGAUGGAGUACCCCCUUCCAAAGGUCAUUGUGAAACCGAGAGUCAGUGGCAAAAAUGGGCGCUAGAGACCAAGGGCAUUGCCGGUGACGGUUUCUGGCAGGUUGGCACCCAACUAAGCACCGGCCUGACGCACGAUGACACCUUCACCAUUUACCACGAUACCGACGAGUGGACAUGCCUUGUCACUGACCAUGUUGCUCGCGCCAAGAACGCGUCCCUGGCGUAA